AUGCAGUCUUCAAGAGCUUUCAGUGCUCCUGGAAAAGCUUUACUAGUAGGUGGACAUCUGGUGCUGGAUCCUCAGUAUGGAUCCUAUGUAGUGGCACUAUCUUCACGAAUGCAUUGUGUGGUUAGCAAGCAGCCAAGUAACAAUGCUGACGAAUUUUCGGUAGUGAUUAAGAGUGCACAAUUCGACAACGAUGAAUGGAACUUCAGAGUCUCAAGAGACUCAUGCUAUAAGGUGGUUGAAAAAGACGGAAAAAUGAAUCCUUUUGCCAAACAAGCCGUGGAAGUUUUGGUCAAUUACUGCCAACCAGAUCCUAGAACUACGGAAGAUUUGGUUUUGGAAGUUUAUUCGGAUCCUGCCUAUCAUUCUGCAGGUACCAGUACUCUCAAGAAAAACGAGCAUAAACAAUUUCGAUUCCACGAUAGCACGAUCACCAAGGUUCCUAAAACGGGUCUAGGAUCUUCCGCAGGCCUGGUGACAGUCUUAAUUACAUCCUUGUUGUCGGUUUUUCAACAAGAUCUCGAUGUGAAGUCUUCGGAGGACCAACAGAUCAUCCAUAAUUUGUCACAAGUUGCGCAUUGCCAGGCCCAGGGUAAAGUUGGUAGUGGAUUUGACGUGGCAGCAGCAGUUUUUGGCUCAAUCAAAUAUCAGAGAUUUGAUUCCAAACUAAUCGAAGAUUUACCAACAGAACAGCCUUCUGAAUAUUCUUCAGCCAUUCGUAACUUGAUUAGAGUGACGGAUUGGCAUUUUAUACAUGAAAACGUCACUUUGCCCCCAGGAAUCCGUAUUGUCAUGGGAGAUGUCAGAAGUGGAUCUGAGACAACUAAGCUCGUCGCUAAAGUCAAGGCCUGGUACCAGCAAAACCAGCCUCGAAGCCUAGACGUUUUUCAGAGUAUCAACCGUGGAAAUUUGGACUUCAUUGAGGGUAUUGAGAAACUGACGACUUUGUCCCAGAAGUCUCCUGAGGCUUACCAAAAGCUUCUUCAGGAACUGGAUUCGGGCCUCGAUUCCAGUGCAAGCGUUGAGAUCAGUCAAAUACGGCAUACAAUUACUCAAGUAAGAGAUAAUUUUCAGCUGAUAACUCGCGAGUCUGGUGCAGAUAUCGAACCUUUGUCGCAGACAAGCUUGUUAGAACGCUGUUUGAAGCUCAAAGGGGUUAUAACUGGCGUUGUACCAGGUGCCGGGGGAUAUGACGCAAUUGCAUUAAUUGUCACUGAAACUGCCAACAUUUCGAGCCAAACGUCAGGAAAAGCUGGUUUUUCUGAAGUGACUUGGUUAGAUUUACACCAAGAAAAUACUGGCCUUGUUGAAGAGAAGCCUUCCCAUUAUUUGAACCUACGGUAA